CGACCCUCCCCGGAAGUGGGCGGGGCGGCGCGGCGCUGAUUGCGUCACCGGGGGGGCGGUGGCGGCGGCGGCGGCGGCUUCUCCUUCUUCUUCGGCGGCGGCUGGACGGGUCCGGGGUGCCGCCAUGGAGAGUGCCAGCCAGGAUAUCAACCUUAACUCUCCCAACAAAGGUCUGCUAUCGGAUGCCAUGACAGAUGUUCCGGUGGAUAGCGCGGCUUCGGCCAGGACCGCUGCACCCCAGGGACUGACUCUCGCUGAAGAGGAGGAGUUGAGAUCUGAGCUGGCUAAGGUUGAAGAAGAAAUUGGUACUCUCAGGCAAGUUCUGGCUGCUAAAGAGAGGCACUGUGGAGAGCUGAAGAGGAAGCUAGGUUUGACUCCCUUGGAUGGGUUAAAGCAAAACCUGUCUAAAAGCUGGCACGAUGUCCAAGUCUCCACUGCUUAUGUGAAAACAUCUGAGAAACUUGGAGAGUGGAAUGACAAAGUGACACAGUCUGACUUAUAUCUUUCAGCCAGCAGCACACUGGAGGACUGGAAUGAAAAAUUAACUCAAUCAGAAGCUUAUAAGAAGACCCAAGAAACCCUUUCCCAGGCAGGACAGAAGACUUCAGCAGCCCUUUCCAAUGUAGGUUCUGUUAUCAGCAGGAAACUUGGUGACAUGAGGGAAUUUCCUAUUCCACUGUGGCUGGGACUAUCCAAGUGGGCUCACCCCUUCUCGCAUUCCUUUAGCAGUUACUCCAUUCGCCACUCGAUAAGUAUGCCAGCGAUGAGGAAUUCUGCGACCUUCAAGUCAUUCGAAGAUAGAGUUGGGACCAUAAAGUCCAGAGUGGUGGGCAGCAGGGAAAACAGCACCGAUGGCCUCCACUCCCCCUCGGGAGCCGGAGACAACCCUCCACAAGACAACGCUCCUUUUUAGACCUGCGAUGUGGCUUUGCACGGCUGUGCACAACUGUAAGAGCCAGCCCCCUCCCUCCCAAAUCUUCACAACAGCAACAACAUGCGAAUCCUAGAAGGGGCUGAGAGCCAGUCUGGAGAGAUCCAUCAUUCAUUCAUAGACACUGCUGCUGGAUCUAAGUCAAAUAAAGAGAAUGCAAAGUUUUGUACACAAAAAUAAUAUUUUACACUAAAGUUUGUAGGUUAAAUGUAUCACUGCUGUCCUCUUGGGAGAGCAUGUAAGAUGGAGUUUCCUUAAAGUAGCUCAGAAAUGCCAGUGGUAUAGAUAAAACCAGUUUUCCCUUGUCUGACCUAGCUUGGAACAGAUACGUUGCCCUGAGCAGUGUGAGGAGGGCAGUUAUUGGAGAAGCCAAGUGCAUGGGCAUCUCAGCUUCAGCUUCUGGCUACAGUCUCUGUUCGGGGCAUGCCGUGCAGCUUCUCCAUGAGCUCCCAGGCUUCUCCUGUUACUGUUUUCUCUGGCUCCCAUUGGAGUAGGCUGGUAAAUGGGGUAAACAGUUGGGUUUUUUCUGGGCUCCCAAAAGGGAAACUUCACUUAGCAGCUGCCUCGUUGUUACACUAAUGCUCUAGCUUUAACAAAACUAAAAAUCUUUAUUUUUAAAUGCAAUGAACUUUAAAGAAAUAAAGCUUAAAAACAACAACAAAAAAAAAAGCUUUGGCAUCAUAUUAGGGAAAUGCUCCCUUGGACUCUGAAACUGAAUUGUAAGCCUUACAUCACCUUACGCUUUACUCGUUUAUGAUUUUUUUUUUCUAUAAGGAAGACUGCAAGGGUUAUAAAGCUGGAUGUUGAGCACUGGAGUUUUGCAUCAUGCAGUAGUAGCAGCAUGCUUAUAAGCCAGUUGUUGUGUUAAAUUCAGUGGUGCACUCCGUUUCCUGAGUGUAUGAAACUUGCUUCUCCCUUCUCAGCUUACGCCUUCGUUCUUGGAGGAAGAAUUUCUGAAGGCUGCUAGCAACAGGGCCAGAUUAAAAAGGCCAAAGCUGUCUCUAGCACUACGGACACCAUGUUGGAGGGUCUCUGUUCUGCUCUCUCUGGGCUCCUCCAUCUGGUACAUCUGACUGUGACUGGAUGGGUUUUUCACUUGAAAGCCCCGGCUCUAACCUUGGUUUACAAAACUGGCAGAGAGUCAAUGGAGCUCAACCGCUUCCCCCAGAGGCUGGAUGUUUUGCUCUUUUGAUGUCCAAUUUCAUUGCUCAGGAGCUGAAAAAGUGCGAGUUUUCUUCUAGAGGCCUGAUCUUAUUCUAGGCGAGGUGCCUCCACAUAGAAAUACCUGGAGUGAGCAAUUCUGUGCCUUAGAGGCGAAGUGGGACUUACUCAGGUCUUUAGACUUGCUUAUGUACAUAUCUGGGUAGUUUUAGUGGUUUACCACCCUGGAGGCGCUGAACCGUCUCUGACCCUUCUUUAGAGAAGCAAGUUUUGACACUUAGCUGCUGAUUAAUCUGUUUCCCCCACCCCUGCUCCUCUCCCUCUGCAGACCUGGGGACACAGGAUGAAAUAUUAGAAGGCAGAUGUACUGGCAGUAGGUGGAGUGUAGAGUGUCAUUUACUGGAGCUCCUUGUUUGACUGAAACUGGCCUCCCUGCGAGGAACAGAGCCAGUGAAACGGGGACUGCUGGAGCUUGGGUAGUGAACUGUUUCUCUAUACAGAUAAAUAGUGAGGAAACUUGUCAAUAAAGCAUUCCUUUGGG